CCCCCGACUUCCCUGCCUGGGCACGCACGAGACUCGCUGCUCCCGACUCGAGUGGGACCUUGGAAAAGCGCAGCGGAAAGCAAUGUACAGCGGGCUGUGCAUCUGCGUGUUCCUUGCCGUGCUCUCGGUGAGCUCCUUCGGACAGCAGCCUCUGGGCUCGCACGAUGGGAAUCCUCUGCCUGCUGGGCUGGAGCAAAGCCUGACAGAGCAGCAGCGGCACUCCCGCGCUCCGUCCUCCGCCGGGCCCCUGAAAUCCCUGCCGCGGCUGGACACCGGCAGCGACCAGAGAGCCAACAUCGGCGCCUUGCUGGCCAAGUACCUCCAGCAAGCCAGAAAAGGUUCAACUGGAAGAUUCUCAGUUAUGGGAAACAGGGUACAGAGCAUUGAUCCUACUCACAGGAUAAAUGACAGAGACUACAUGGGCUGGAUGGAUUUUGGACGCCGCAGUGCUGAAGAAUAUGAGUAUUCUUCCUGAAGAACACCAAACUAUAGCAAACGAGGAAAAAGAAAUCACACUCCCAUGUCUGUACCAAAAGAGAUAAAUCAACUUGUUGUUCUCUUUGAAUCAGUGUUUUAAAGUAUUUAAAAUCAUGUAUUUGACAUAAGUUUGUCUGUAAGACUAUAAAAUGCAAUAUAUACAUAUGCAGAAUUUUCCAGAAAACGUUUUCUUUCUUUUGUGGUUUCUCAUACAUUGAUACUAUAUUAAAAUAAUUUCACUUAUCCUUCCUUGUCCUGUCACUGCAUGUUGCUGGGUGUCUUACUAUAAAGAGAGUCAGCACAAUGCCUUCAUUUGGCACUGUAAACAUAUUCCAUGGGUUGAAUAGUCAGAUUAUCCACUUUUCAGAGAAAUUUUGUGUCAGUCCCAAUAGCUUUGAUCUCUAAGGAACAUGUCCAAAUAUAAACACAGCAGCACAAUACUGCCAGAAAAGACCAGCUAAGGUGACCCUGUUUGCAAAGGACUGAGUUAUGCACUGAGCCCACAUGUUUGCAGUGAACAGCCAAACAGUGAAAAAGAGGAAUGACACCGACAUGUUUCAUUGUCCUGGCUUAUCUGUUUUAUAUUGUGAAUUCAAUGUGAAAGUUCUACUGAUGGCUGCAAAUCACAGAAUAAACAGAGCAUACCCUGC